UUUUCAUUUUUAUUAUUUCUAGGUAGUCAGACAAAACUUAUUCAGCAAGGUUUCGAUGAUUAUCACAAGAACACAUGCGUGAGAUUUGUUCCCAGAACAAGUGAAGAAGCUUAUAUAAAAAUAUUUUCCGGGCAUGGGUGUUACUCAUCAGUGGGCAGAGUAAGCACACAGCAGCUGUUAUCUCUCGGCAAUGGAUGCAUGUAUGUGGGAACUGUUGUUCACGAGUUAGGCCAUGCUUUAGGAUUCUAUCACGAACAGAGCAGAUCAGACAGAGAUGAUUAUCUGAUCAUUUACUUAGAGAAUGC